ACUGGGGGAGAGGAAUCAGGGCAGGGAGGGAGGGAGUGAAAGAGAGGAAGUCCACACAAGUUUGUUUUACAGGACUCAGCUCAGGCUGGGACUAAGCGCAGUGCCGCAUCUGGAGGUCGGAGCAGCAGAAAAGUGAAGCCAAAGGGUGCAGCCGAGCAAGAGGAGCUGCCCAGAGGUUUUCCCACAGCCAGGACACGCUGACAGAGACAAGAAAGGGGGAUCAGUGGUCCACUGGGCAAACACACAAAUAUGGCUGCUAAAUCUCUGUCCUGCCUUUGCAUUCUUUGCAUCCUCUCAGUGAUUGCCUAUCCAGCUUCUGCCGCAAGGUUGGGGGAACAGCAACAGUCACUGCUGAAAGAAUGUGCAAAGGGAUUUUUCCUCAGUGAACAAAACAUAUGCUUGCCAUGUAACUGUAAAGGCCACGCUGACUCCUGUGAAGACAUCACUGGCAUUUGUAGAAACUGCAAGGACCACAGUACAGGGGAUUUCUGUGAAAUGUGUGAAGAUGGUUACAUUCUGGUGCCCAGGGUAGAUAGACAACACACCUGCCGACCUUGUGCCUGUCCCCUCUCAGUCCCCUCCAACAACUUCGCAGUGCGCUGUGACAGAGGAAGUGGCAUUCUGCGGUGCAAGUGCCAAGAGGGCUACGCCGGACAUUUAUGUGAAAGGUGUGCGCCAGGUUACUAUGGCAACCCCAUGGAGAUUGAUAAUUCCUGCAAGAGGUGUGACUGCAAUGGUAACUCCGACCCCAACCUGAUUUUCAAUGAGUGCCACAAUAUGACAGGCCACUGCCAACACUGCUGGGGAAACACUGCCGGUGCCAACUGUGAGAGGUGCGCUCCAGGUUUCUACGGCGACGCCAUCAGUGCCAAGAACUGCAGAGAGUGCUUGUGCAAUAAAUGCGGCACCUCCUCAUGCGACGACAGGACAGGAGUGUGUCACUGCAAACCAGGUGUCACGGGCCGACUCUGUGACCAGUGUGAGGAGGGCUACUCAGGUUUCUCCAGCUGUCAGGGCUGUCGGAGGUGUGAAUGUGGGCCAGCUUCCAUUCGCUCCACCUGCCAUCCUCUCACCCACAGCUGUCCGUGCCGCCCAGGGGCCGGCGGGCGUUACUGCGAGCGCUGCCUCCCAGGUCACUGGGACUACAGCCCCUCCGGCUGCCAGAAGUGCGACUGUGAGAGCGGACACUGUGACAUGCACACGGGAGAGUGCCUGUCAGAGGCUGCAACAGUAAACCUGUGCAACAUCAGUUGUGAUGAGUGCAUUUGGCAUCUGAUUGGGGACUUACGUCUGUCAAACAAGACACUGGAUCAGCUGAAAGUUGGAGUGUUGAACAUCUCUACUGGAGCUGCUGCUAACGACAGGCUCAAAUUCUACAACUACACAGCCCAUCGAUUGCAGGCUCAGUUUCACGGCUGGAGAAACAAGUCAUCUGCAAUGAAGGCGCAGACUGGGGACCUGGAGGAGGCCACAGACACUGUGGUGUUAGACAUCAAACAGCUGGGAGAAUCGGAGAGUGUGGUGACGACUUUGGGGAAGAGGCUUGAUAAUGAAACGCUAGAGACCUUUACCUUGGCUGACCAGCUCAGCACAAACCUCACUGACCUCAACAUUCGCAUUGAAGAGAUGAUCCACGAUUGGGAGCUGUACAGUGUUCAGCAGGAUGUGGACCCAGAGCUGGUCAGACGCAACACAGAGAUAGCACAGGGAAUGCUGACUAGAAUGAGGAAUCUGGACCUGUCCCCACGAGAGCCUGUUGCCACUGACGAGUCGACUGAGGCUCAUGAGUUGCUGAGGCGUAUCCGUCAGUUGGAGAAGAAGCUGAUGAGCACAGAAGGCCGACUCUCACCUGUCAGGGAGGUCCUAUCCCGCUUCUCCACCAAGCUAUCAGACGCUCAGACCUCUCUCCAGAAAGCAGCCGGCAACGUGCAGGAGACGGAGGACAUGAACAGAGCCAACAUCCUCAAAUUCCAGAGGAGCGAGGCGAAGCAGCUGCUGCUGACGGAGGACCACACUGCUGUCAAUGACACGCUGGAAGCAGCCAGAGGUUUCAUCUCUGACACAGAAAGGACUGUGGCUGAGGUGGAUGCUAUGGUGCAGAAUGUGACCGAGUACCACGCAGCGAUCGAUGGCGCCAGCCAAAAGCUGACUGAGAAGACGCAGCGUCUCUCGCUGGCUGACAGAGAUCUGGUUCAGAGGGCCGACGAGCAUGCUGAGGAGCUGGAGAGACAGGCCAAUGAACUGGAGGAGGAUCUGAGAGCGAGCGAUGCCAACGGCUUUGUACAGAGAGCCAUCAGUGCUGCCAACGUCUACAACAACAUUGUGAAAUACAUUGACGAUGCAAAUAUCACCUCACUCACCACCUUCAACUUAUCCCAAAGAGCUGAAGACGUCCAGGUGUCCAUGAAGUUCAACGGCCAGUCCUCGGUGGAGGUCCACCCUCACAGUAACCUGGAAGAACUGAAGACAGUGACAACAAUUAGCUUGUACAUGAGAGUGGACCCUGACAAGGAUCCCAUUGAGGACCGUUUCAUCCUUUACCUGGGAGACAGAAAUGGUACGAAAGACUACAUGGGUCUGGCUAUCAAGAACGACAACCUGGUGUACGUGUACAACCUCGGGGGGGAGGAUGUUGAGAUCCCGCUGAGUUCAAAGCCUGUCAGCCAAUGGCCUGCAGUCUUCAACUACAUCAAAGUAGAGAGGUUGGGCAGACAUGGAAAAGUCUUCCUGACCGUCCCCAGUCAGAGCUCCACAGACGAGCAGAAGUUCAUCCAGAAAGGCGAGGCUCCAGGCACAGACUCACUGUUUGACAUUGACCCCAAGGACAUAGUGUUCUUUGUUGGUGGUGUCCCACCAGAUGUCAGGCUUCCUCCUCCUCUGAGUCUCGCUCCUUUUGUGGGCUGCAUCGAGUUGGCCUCGCUCAACAAUGACGUGAUCAGUCUGUACAAUUUCAAGGAGACUCACAAAAUUGAUGUGUCGACAUCAUCGCCAUGCCCCAGGUACAAGUUGGCAUUCUCACAGAGUCGCAUCGCCAGCUAUCUCUUUGAUGGAACAGGCUACGCUCUCAUCAACAACAUUGAGAGGAGGAGCAAAUUUGGUGUUGUCACCAGAUUUGAUAUCGCAGUACGAACAGUUGCAAACAAUGGCGUGCUUUUUGUCAUGGUCAAUGGGGACAAAUUCUUCCUUUUAGAAUUGAAGAAUGGCUUUUUGCGACUAAUGUAUGACUUUGGCUUCAGCGAUGGGCCGAGGCUUUUGGACAAUAAUUUACCAAAACUGCAAAUAAAUGACGCACGAUACCAUGAGUUGUCAGUCAUCUACCAUCAGUCAAAGAAGGUGAUCCUACUAGUGGACAAAAGCCAUGUUAAAUCUAUGGAGAAUCCAAAAACCACACUGCCCUUCUCAGAUAUAUACAUCGGUGGGGCUCCGUCAAGCGUCCUCAAAUCCAGGCCAGAGCUGUCUGCUGUAGUCAGCCUUAAAGGCUGUGUGAAAGGUUUCCAGUUCCAGAAAAAAGACUUCAACCUACUCGAGGAGCCUGGCACCAUUGGCAUCAGCAGUGGCUGCCCUGAGGAGUCCUUUAUGUCCCAUAAGGCCUAUUUCACUGGAGAGAGCUACCUGGGAUCCACAGGAAAGAUUUCACCCUGCGACAGCUUUGAGGGAGGACUCAACUUCAGAACACUUCAGCCCAGCGGUCUUCUGUUCUACCACAGUGAAGGGUCUGAUGAGUUCAGCAUCUCCCUGGAGAACGGAGCAGUGGUGAUGAACACCAGAGGCACAAGAGUCAAAUCACACAAGAAACAAUACAGCGAUGGAAGGACACACUUCUUAGUGGCCUCAGUGAACAAUCAGAAGUAUUCUCUGUUGGUGGAUGACAAAGACAAACAGGAGAAGAAACGUCCAUCGUCAGCCACAAGACCCUCAUCGGGCUCUGCUGUAAAGUCCUUCUACUACGGAGGGUCUCCAAGCAGCAGCUUCAAGAACUUCACAGGCUGCAUCAGUUAUGCCUACAUCAACAGACAAGACCGGGACAUUGAGCCUGAGGACUUCCAGCGGUACACAGAGAAGGUGCAGACCUCCCUGCAGGACUGUCCAAUCCAGCGCCCCCCUGCUGCUCUGCUGUCAAGGCACAGGGAGAACAUCUCCAGAGCCAAAUAUGGCCAGUCGCAGAGGGUUACCAGCGACAAGUCCAGCCUCCCUCUAGGCCUGAUGGAACUGAAGAGUGAUGACCAGGAGCCUUCUGAGCUAAACAUUGAGCCCUGCUACCUCUCCUCAAGUCCCAAAGCAUCUCAACAAGCCUUCCACUACGGGGGCAUCGCCAACAGCAGACAGCACUACACAGAUCUCCCAGACUCCAUUUCAGAGAGGUCCCACUUCUCCUUGUCCCUGAAGACUUACUCAUCCUUUGGGCUCAUCUUUUAUGUAUCUGAUGUCCAAGAGGACAAUUUCAUGGCUCUCUUCUUGGCCCAAGGGAAGCUGGUAUACACCUUCAAUGUAGCAGAGCAGAGAGUCAAAAUCAAGAGUGUGGAGAAAUACAAUGAUGGUGCAUGGCACAAUGUUAUUUUUAUCCGUGAUGGGAGAAUGGGGCGUUUAAUAAUUGAUGGGCUCACAGUAAUGGAGGACAGAGUACAGGAAAGCAACAUCUCCUGGCAUGUCAACAGUCCCCUCUAUGUCGGUGGAGUUCCUCCUGGGAGAGCUCUAAAGAAUGUUCAGACAAACUCUGCAUACAGCUUCACUGGCUGUUUGAAGAACCUUCAGCUGGAUGGACAAUGGCUGUCCUCUGUGACAGAAACGUUUGGGGUCACUCCUUGCUUUGACGGUCUCUCUGAGGCAGGAACAUACUUCUCAAAGGAAGGAGGAUACAUUGUGCUAGAUGAAUCUUUUAACCUGGGGCUGAAGUUUGAGCUGGUGAUGGAAGUGCGCCCCCGUGUGGCAUCUGGGGUGCUAAUGCAUUUGUUCACAGCCGAUGGCUUUGUUACCAUGUACGCUCAUCAAGGAGAUGUUGUGGUUCUUGUAAACGAUGGAACCCAUGAGUUCUUCACAAAGGUGUCUCCAAGACAGGGUCUGUGUGCUGGCAACUGGCACCGAAUUACAGUGAUCCGAGAUGCCAAUGUUGUCCAGCUGGAUGUGGACUCUGAGAUCAACCACGUGGUGGGACCCCUGAAUGCCAGCUCCGCAGAUACUAGAAAGCCAGUGUUCAUAGGUGGAGCUCCAGAUCUGUUCCUUCCAGAGAGCCUUCCCACCAGACAGCCCUACAUCGGCUGUAUGAGGAACCUGACCAUCAAUAACAGCCCAGUGAGCUUGAGCAAAGCCGCCGUGGUCAGUGGAGCCGUCAGCGUGGGAACCUGCCCAGCAGCAUAACAAAUAACAUUGUCAAGGCCAUCACUAUCCAGUAGAGCACUGACCAAACACAUUAAACACGUCUCUUUCUGUUAAACAUUACCAUUAAGACAAGUAUUGUCAUUGUUUUCAUACUGUCAGAUUUUUGUCUUUGUUUCUGUCUUGAAUUUGUUUAUACAGGGAAUUGUCCCACACAUGACCAAAUCAUCCACAUGUAAUCAUGGAAGAACAACAUCCAUAAAUCUGUCAUUAGUAAGAUCAGAACCUUCCUGAGGGAUCUACAGUGUGUCCAUAAUUGAGACUUUUAUUGUUUUUACAGUUUGAAAGACACAUUCGAUGAUAUUUUAUGGUCCACGACCCAACUUUAUAAUUUUACUGGCUUAUUUUUAUACAAGCUCAAAACCUUCUAAUUUUUUUGUUUUAUCUCUGAUUAAUAAAUAAUUUGUAACAUCCAA